CACACACACACACACACACACACAGAGCAGACUUGGCAGCUGUAAGGUCGGAGGUGGAGCACUCUGUGCCUGCGAAUUACUUUCUACUCCAAGUGCCUGCAAAUCUCAGGCUGGGUUUGAAGCCUCCAGCGUGUUUGGAGUUAAUUCCCAUAAGGUUGGACUCCGCCCCUCUCUCCCAAAGGUAAAGCAAGGUUUUCAGGCAUCACUGCAAAGAGCAGCUGGGAUUCCCAUCCUGUCUGACAAGCUGUGGGAAGUUGUUUCUCAGAUCUGAGCCCCAAGAGAGGGAACAAGUCGGUCAGCCUUCGUGGUCGGAAGAGAAACCUGGGACCAUGAGGAGCAGCCUGACCCUGGUGGGGACACUCUGGGCCUUCCUGUCCCUUGUUACUGCUGUGGCCAGUUCUACCAGUUACUUCCUGCCUUACUGGCUUUUUGGAUCCCAGCUGGGGAAGCAAGUGUCAUUCAGCACUUUCCGGAGGUGCAACUACCCUGUGCGGGGAGAAGGGCACAGUCUGAUCAUGGUGGAAGAGUGUGGGCGCUACGCCAGCUUCAGUGCCAUUCCAAGCCUGGCCUGGCAGAUGUGCACGGUGGUGACAGGUGCCGGCUGUGCUCUGCUGCUUCUUGUGGCACUAGCUGCUGUCCUGGGCUGCUGCAUGGAAGAGCUCAUUUCCAGAAUGAUGGGACGUUGCAUGGGAGCAGCACAGUUUGUGGGAGGGCUGCUGAUAAGCUCAGGCUGUGCAUUAUACCCCUUAGGAUGGAAUAGUCCGGAGAUAAUGCAAACAUGUGGGAAUGUCUCCAAUCAAUUUCAGUUAGGUACCUGUCAGCUUGGUUGGGCCUAUUACUGUGCUGGAGGUGGAGCAGCUGCAGCCAUGUUGAUCUGUACCUGGCUUUCCUGCUUUGCUGGAAGAAAUCCCAAGCCAGUCAUGUUGGUGGAGAGUAUCAUAAGGAACACCAAUUCUUAUGCCAUGGAGCUUGAUCACUGCCACAAACCUUGAGCUUGGGCAGAGGAGUGGAGAGGGUGGGAAAGGGGAAGGAAUGGAGUCCUGAAAAGAGGUACCAAGACUAGGCCAGUUGCCACCCAUUUGCCAGUAAUGUAACCUAGUGUUUGCAUGCUUUUUAACUUAGCUAUCAUUCAUUUUCACCUUCCCAUAAGCCAGUAGGUCAGUGGCUAUAUACAAAAUUCAUCUAGAACAGUGUCCUCAAACUUAUACCCAGUCGGUGAGUAUCCACUAGCUUCCAAGUCCCAAAGUGUUCCUUUAUGCAAAAUAAGGGGA